CUUGUUUGUUUUCGAGAAUGCAACCUACAGAUAUUUCUGUGAAAAGCAAAUAAAAAAUGGCAAAUAAAUUGGAAGUUGACACGAAAUCCACAGAAUCAUCGGAGAGCGAUGAUUGUAGUGAGUAUACAAUUGCAUCCACAAACGAUUCGUUUAGUUGUGCUAGUACAAAACCGAAGCACAAAUUUAACGAAAUUGAGAGUGCCAUCAUUAUCGCGGUGCUGGAGGAAACGAUCUUCAAACUUAUAAUCGUCAACAUGGAAGACGAUCAAGGCAGCACUCAGAUCAUCAAAAAGCCACCGAUGCAUGUGCGUUUCGAUCCCUCCUACAAGAACAAAAUUAUCAACGAAAGUCAGGCGGUAGAUGUGGCGAUGGGAAUGAUGAUUCUGGUUAAGUUGAAGAAUGAUAUAUCAAAUUUGCGGAAGCUGCUUUCGGAUACGCAUGCAGAAAUGGCCGAAUACGGUUCGUUCGAAACGCUGCAAACUUUCAUGGACAAUGACAUCCAAAGCGAGAAAGAAGAACAUCAGCUCAUUCGAGACAGCAUCCUGAACAACAAAAAGCUUAAGGCUCUGCAGGCUCAACUCGAAGGAGAAACGCGGGAACGCAAAUCGACGCUCAAACAGUUGGAGGACGUAAUUUUCGAUUUGGAAUCGAAAGCACAGGACACAAGGGUCGAGAACGAUGUAAAAUCUAGAUUGGUUCAGAAAUGGGAAAACACACGUCACGAGCAAGCUAGAAUCAUAAUCGAGGGUAAGGAAAACGGAUUGAUCACGACUGCAAAUGAAACCCGAGAGAAGCUUGGUCGCGAGUUAAGGCUGAAAAGUGAGAUUGAUGUUUACAUAAAUUAUUGCAUAGAACAAAUUCAAGAGAAAAUAUCUUUCUGGACGGAUAAAUAUUUAAGGGAAGUGAAGGCGUUCGAUCGAGAUAUCGCGCGUCACAAAGAACAAAUAGCUGAAAUGAAGGUAAAACAUGAAGAGAUGAUCAUCCUAUACAAAAAUCGCGAUAAGGAAAUAAAGAUUUGUGCUGAAUACCGCAGAGAGCGUGAACGGAUGAUGGCAUUCGCUGAUAAACAGCAACGGUCGGCUAUCAUCAUUCAAGCUUGGUGGAGGGGAACCAUGGUUCGAAAGGGACUAGGACCUUUCAAAAAGAAGAAAAAGUCAAAGCCUCCAAAGGCUGCCAAGAAGGGGGGAAAGAAGGGCAAAUAAAUGU